AACCGAGACAUCCUCAAUUUAUAUCAGUGUUUCUGAGGAACUUGGUCAGUAGGUUGACAAAGUAUAUCAUAACAGUAAUAAAAUGUUUGCAAAAAAUAUUAUUUUAAUUGUUCUAUUAGGCAUUCUUCAUGUAAGUUAUGGAAAAUCUGGAUUUGGUUCCGGUGAACAAGAAUGGGGUUACGUGAAUGUUAGGCCAGAUGCAGAAAUGUUUUGGUGGCUUUAUUAUACAACUGCGAAUGUAUCGAAUUAUUUUGAAAAACCAUUAGUAAUUUGGUUACAAGGUGGUCCAGGGGCAUCGUCAACAGGUUAUGGGAAUUUUGAAGAAAUCGGUCCACUCGAUCUUAAAUUAGCCUACAGAAAUUAUACUUGGGUGAAAGAUUAUAAUGUAUUGUUUAUUGACAAUCCAGUUGGAACGGGUUUCAGUUAUACAACAACAAAAGAAGCACUCACACGAACAAACAAGCAAAUUGCACAGGAUCUUUUAGUUUGUAUUAAAAAGUUUUUACAAAAAUGUCCUCAUUUUGCUAAUGUAUCCACUUACAUUACUGCCGAGUCAUAUGGCGGAAAAAUGGCAGCUGAAUUUGCAUAUUUAUGGUACCAGGCUCAAGAGAAAGGAGAAAUUGACAGUAAUUUGAAAGGUGUUGGACUUGGAGAUUCUUGGAUUUCUCCAAUUGAUUCAGUUAUGACUUGGGCACCAUUUUUAUUGGAGACCGGUAUGGUUGACACAGAAGGUUACCAACAAAUUAUGAAAUCUGCAAAUAAAACAAAAAUUGCUGUAGAAAAAGGACAAUGGAAAUUAGCAACUCAACUAUGGGGUGUUACCGAACAAGUUAUUCUAGACAUGACAAAUAAUAUUGACUUUUAUAAUAUUUUGUAUAAGUCUACAAGUCGAGGCUAUAUAAAAUCAAAAAUCUUGAGCAACAAUGUUAAUGAUAAUUAUAGCUUUGAAGAUACGUUUAGUGAUGAAGCUCUUGAAAAAUUAAUGAACUCCAAGGUGAAAAGGGUACUUACAUUAAAUUCUACAUGGGGUAAACAAGGCUCUGCAGUUUUUUCUGCCCUUUCUGGAGAUUUUAUGAAACCUGCAAUAGAUAUAGUGGAACUCCUUUUAAAUGAGACUGACAUUAAAGUUUUCGUCUACACUGGACAAUUAGAUCUAAUUGUCGACACACCUGGGACUCUUCUUUGGGUGGAAAAAUUGCAGUGGGAUAAUGCUCACCAUUGGAGAAAGGCUCCUAGAAAACCAGUAGUGGUAAAUAACAUCAUUGAAGGUUAUGUUAAAGCUUACGGGAAUCUAAAAAUGUAUUGGAUUAAUAGAGCAGGACACAUGGUUCCAACCGAUAAUCCAGCAGGAACAGCAUCAAUGCUAAAAGACCUUACAAGUAAUAGUUAAAAGGAUUAUAAUAAUUAUAACAAUCCUUGAAAGAGUUCGAAAUAUAUAAUGUAAUUAAUUUUUUCGUUGUUAACUAAUGUGAGAUUAAUUAAAUUUCCCGAAUGUAAGGUUAAAUAAAGUUUAAAAAAAACAUUUUUUUUUUUGAA